AUGUCCCCAAACACUCCAGUCGUUGUUGUCACCGGUUGCUCGAAAGGGGGCAUAGGCUUUGCAUUAUGCCAGGAAUUCGCAGCCAAUGGGUGCAAGGUCUACGCAACGGCCCGCCGCGUCGAGGCCAUGGAGGGCUUCACGCACGAGGCCAUUGAAAAGCUCAGGCUUGACGUUACCGACGACGGGAACAUCGAAGAGGCUAUCAAGUCAAUCAUUGAUCGCGAAGGGCGCAUAGAUGUGCUCGUGAACAACGCAGGCGCCCCUUGUUUUGGCCCGCUUGCCGAGAUGCCCAUCGAGCGCAUCAAGAGCACUUUCGAUGUGAAUACCUUUGCGAUCCUACGUCUAGUCAACGCCGUCUUCCCCCACAUGGCAUCGCGGAAACGGGGGACCAUCGUCAACAUCGGCUCUAUUGUUGGUGAAAUCCCGACAGCCUGGGGUGGCACCUACUCCGCGAGCAAGGCCGCCGUGCGCUCCAUCUCCGAGUCGCUCUACAUGGAGUGCGCGCCAUUCGGCAUCAACGUCGUGCACGUCUCGCCGGGUGGCAUCCGCUCGAACAUCUCGACGAACAGCCGCGCCGAGUUCCGCUUGUCGUCGGACACUCUAUACACGCCCUUCCUCGACUCUAUGUUGCGGCGCAUGGGCAUGAGCCAGCAAAACGCGCUGUCUGCGGAGGAGUUCUCACGGCGUGUCGUGCGCCAGGUCCUCAGCAAGCGCCCGCCACGGUAUAUGACACUGGGCAAGGCGUCGAGGAUUUUCGUGAUUUGCUCCUGGCUCCCGCGCGCACUCGUUCUGUGGCUGAUGUGGAAUACGUUGGUUGGUAAGCGUACCAUAAAGACAUCAUAG